AUGUUCGAAGCGAAGCUGGGCAGUGCCUCGACGUUGAAGAGAAUCGUGGAUGCCAUCAAGGAUCUCGUCACAGAUGCACCCUUUGAUUGCAGUGAGACUGCCAUGUGUCUGCAGGCAAUGGAUUCAUCGCAUGUGGCUUUGGUGUCACUGAAAAUGGAUGUUGCAAUGUUCGAAAGCUAUCGUUGCGACAGAACCAUCAACCUCGGUCUUAGUUUAGCAGGUAUGGCGAGAGCGCUGAAAUGUGCCAAUAACGAAGACACCUGCUUGAUUCGAUAUGAAGAAAAUGAUGAUUCGGUGUUGUUCCUCUUCGAGGACACGAAAAGGGACAAAAGUCAGGAAGUGGUCGUCAAAAUGAUGGAUAUCGAUAGCGAGCAUCUCGGCAUCCCGGAACAGGAUUAUUCUGCUGUUGUUUGUAUGCCAGCUGCUGAAUUCCAGAAAACUUGUCGUGAUUUGGCAAUGUUUUCGGACUCUUUGAUGAUAACAGUAACCAAAGCAGGUAUUGUAUUCACCGGGAAAGGUGAUACCGGCUCAUCUACAGUUACUUAUGCUCCCUCAAAAAGUGCCGACGAAGAGCAACAGGCUGUAUCAGUGGAUGUAAAAGAGCCCGUUACAGUCAAUUUUUCCAUCAAAUACAUGAAUCAUUUCACGAAGGCUACAGGACUUUCUGAUAGAGUUCGUCUUUCUUUAUGCAAUAGCGUACCUGUGGUUGUGGAGUAUGGACUUAGUGAAAAUGGACACUUGCGAUUUUAUUUAGCUCCAAAGAUAGACGAUGAAGACGCAGAUAUGAAAUAA